AUGCAUCUCGUCACUUUGGCUACCUGUAACUUGGAUCAAUGGGCCUUGGAUUUCUCGGGCAAUCUUGAGAGAGUGAAGCAAAGCAUUAAAAUUGCCAAGGAGAAGGGAGCCAGAUAUCGUAUGGGCCCAGAACUGGAAUUGUCUGGAUACGGUUGCCAAGAUCACUUUUUAGAAACAGACACCUAUACACAUUCCAUGGAAUGUUUGGCCGAAAUUUUGUCAACCGAUCUUACCAAUGAUAUUCUUGUGGAUAUCGGUGUGCCUAUCAAACACAAAGGAGUCAAUUACAAUUGUAGAAUUUUUGUUCUUAACAAAAAGCUACUCCUUAUUCGUCCAAAAUUGUUUCUAGCUAAUGACGGAAACUACAGAGAAACUCGUUGGUUUUGUGACAAUUUAAAAUUAUUUGUUGAAUCGUCUUCAAUACGGGAAGAGAAAGCAGCUGCUGCAACCGAGGAAGAAGGAAAAAGUGAAGAUGAGGAUGUGACAAUGGAAAUCAAAACUCCUCCAAGAACAGCACGAAAGAAGAAGCAAACAACUCCAAGAAAAACACGAUCAACACCAAGAAAAAAGAGAGACACCACCACCGAUGACGAGGAAGAUGAAAAUUACACGAAGGACACAAGUACGCCAAAGAAGAGAAAAUCUCCAACAAAAUCAAAAAGCACAACUCCUAAAAAGAAAAAAGUUGGAGGAUGGGUCAUGGAUUUGGACGAGGAAAAAGAAUGGGAUGAAAAAUCUAAGAAAGCUAUCGAGGAAAUGCGAAAACGAUUUGAAAGUGUGGAUAAGGUUAAGUUGAAGACUUCGAGCCCUUUAGCGGAUCAGGAAGAAAUUCAUUUGACAGAGCUUGUUCAAUAA